AUUUCUAUUUAAGAUUAUUAUUAUUUUUUUGUGUGAAUCACUUGCUAAGUUAUACAUGCGCGCUCACAUAAGUCGUCGGCACUCACUGAACAAUUGUUAUACACUCUCGCACAGAUGUUUAAAUCGUUUAUUUUUAACAAAAAUAGUUUAAAUAAUAAGUUUUAAAAUGGUACGCGGCAUAGACAAGAAGAGUGAGGCUACUCAGGAAAUAGUUGAGACAGCAUUGGGGGAAAUGAAAAAGAUAUACAAGUCUAAAUUAUUACCAUUAGAAGAACAUUACCAUUUUCAUGAUUUCCAUUCACCAAAACUUGAAGACCCGGACUUUGAUGCUAAACCAAUGAUUCUACUUGUUGGUCAAUAUUCGACAGGAAAGACUACAUUUAUUAGAUAUUUACUUGAACGGGACUUUCCUGGUAUCAGGAUAGGACCCGAACCAACAACUGAUCGCUUCAUAUCUGUUAUGUUCGAUGAGAAAGAAGGAAUAAUUCCUGGAAAUGCACUUGUUGUGGACCCAAAAAAACAAUUUAGACCACUGUCAAAAUAUGGCAACGCAUUUCUCAAUCGUUUCCAAUGUUCAACUGUUAAUUCACCUGUUCUUCAGGCUAUUUCAAUUGUUGAUACGCCGGGUAUUUUGAGCGGUGAAAAGCAACGAGUUGAUCGUGGAUACGAUUUCACAGGUGUAUUAGAAUGGUUCGCAGAGCGUGUUGACCGAAUUAUUUUGUUAUUUGACGCACAUAAACUUGACAUUUCUGACGAGUUCAGACGUUCCAUUGAGGCUUUACGCGGACAUGAUGACAAAAUUAGAAUUGUUCUUAACAAAGCUGAUAUGGUUGAUCAUCAGCAAUUGAUGCGUGUCUAUGGUGCUUUAAUGUGGAGUCUUGGAAAAGUACUUCAAACUCCUGAAGUUGCUCGCGUUUAUAUUGGUUCAUUCUGGGAUCAGACGUUACGUUAUGAUGUUAAUCGACGUUUAUUUGAGGAUGAAGAACAAGAUCUCUUCAGAGAUUUGCAAUCGCUUCCAAAAAAUGCUGCUUUACGUAAACUCAAUGAUUUAAUUAAACGUGCAAGAUUAGCAAAAGUUCAUGCAUACAUUAUAAGUGAAUUGAGAAAUGAAAUGCCUGCAAUGUUUGGAAAGGAGAGCAAGAAGAAGGAUCUUAUAAAGAAUAUUGGAAAUAUCUAUGAUCGUCUUCAACGAGAGCAUCAAAUUUCACCUGGUGACUUCCCAGACAUCAAAAAGAUGCAGGAAGUUUUACAAAAUCAAGACUUUACCAAGUUCCAUUCGUUGAAACCUCAGCUUUUAGAAACCGUCGAUCGAAUGCUUGCUAUUGACAUAGCCAAAUUAAUGGGUAUGAUUCCACAAGAAGAACAGGAACUCGUAUCAGAGCCUUUAAUUAAAGGAGGUGCCUUUGUUGGUAUUGAAGAUACCAUUUCUCCAUUCGGAUAUAAGAAAGGAGAAGGAAUUGACGCUGGUUUCGGCGAAGUUGACUGGAUUUGCAAUAGAGAUAGAGCUAGAACUGAUCCAUUGUUCGAAACUUUGAAUCCGAUUAAUGGAAAGAUCAGUGGUGCUGCCGCUAAAAGUGAACUUAUCAAAUCAAAACUGCCUAAUUCCGUUCUUUCAAAGAUAUGGAAAUUAUCCGACGUGGAUUGUGAUGGAUUCUUAGAUAUUGAAGAAUUUGCUUUAUCUAUGCAUUUGAUUAAUAUUAAACUUGAUGGGAAUGAAUUACCAAAUGUAUUACCUGACCAUCUAAUUCCUCCAUCGCAUAAAGGAAAUUAAGGAAUUCAUCAUUUUCAUAAUCAUGAACUGCUGUCAAUAAAUUUUUUACAAAGCCCAUCACAAAUACAUGCUAGGUGAUUUGAUACUUAUAUUGGGGAGAAAGAUGAGAGAACCAAGAACUAAAAGAAUAAACUUUAUAGUAUAUAUUUAUUCCUUUAUAUAGGACUCUAUAAUUGCACAUGCUUUAUUUUAUCCAUUUUAUUAUAAAAAAACGUGUUGAUUAAAACUGAUGAUUGAAGUUUUAUGAAUUGUUAUGAAUUUGAAAUCACGCAAUGUUACACAUCAUUGGUUUUAAUGCAU